UUGCAGUUUAUUUCAAUUCGUCGCGUGAGUUAUUUAUGUAUGUAUGUACGACUAGUUUUCAUGACCAAACAUUAACGUCAAAAAUCUCUCAUGGAUGCACGAAGACGAGAUCGAGAGCAAAUUGGACUUUUCGGUGUGGAUAGAGUAUGGGGAAAAUCACCAGCGCGCAUUGAAGACACGAGCGAUGAAGAUGAGGUAAUUAAUAAGCGCAAGGAUGACUCGAUACUUACAGAUCGGAAGAGAAAGAAGGAAAAGAAAAAGAAAAGCAAAAAAUUAAAAAAAGAAAAGAAAGCCAGGAAAGAAAAAAAACGGAAGAAGAAGAAAAAGAAAUACUCUGACAGUAGUUCCGACGAUUCAGAUGAAGAAAAGCUAGAAUGGGUAGAGAAGGAUGUCUCUAAAGUAACAAAACGAGGAAGGGGAUCUAAUUCUGAUGAAAGCGGAGACGAAGGACUCGUAGGUCCGAUACAGAAACAACACGUAACAUUAUCUGCUAAGGAUUUUGGAAAGGCAUUACUACCGGGUGAAGGUGCCGCAAUGGCUGCAUAUGUAGCAGAAGGAAAACGUAUUCCACGGAGAGGUGAAAUUGGACUCACAUCUGAUGAAAUUGCUUCCUAUGAAUCUGUAGGAUAUGUAAUGAGUGGAAGCAGACAUCGUCGUAUGGAAGCUGUACGUAUUCGUAAAGAAAACCAAAUUUAUUCUGCCGAUGAAAAGAGAGCAUUAGCCAUGUUUAGCAAAGAGGAGAGGCAAAAACGAGAAAAUCUGAUCUUAGGACAGUUUCGAGAAAUGGUUAACCAAAAAUUAGCUCAAGAACAAAAAAAAUAAAUAUAUGUGAAUAUUAGGGAUUGAUAAGGAAUAAUUUUAUGGAGUUUGUUAACUUACACUGUACAGAUCAUUUGUACUUAUUUAAGUAUAAUAUUUAAUUAAUUUGAUACUGUUGUCAUCAUUAACUGCAAUAUACAUAUACUUACUAUAAAUCUAAUACAAAAAUCA